AUGCAUGGACGUAGAGUUUAUGGGCAUGCUUUGAAUAUUCAGUGGGCCAAAAAUGCACCUUCUAGAUCUUGGAGAUAUGAAGGUAGUAACAGAGGUUCGCCCCGUAGAAGUCGCCGAUCUCUUACUCCUCCGCGCCAUAGAAGACGUCGUUCAUAUACUAGAUCUGCGAGUCGUACCCGAUCUCGUUCUCGUGGACGUAGCCGUUCUCCUCGUUCUGAUACACGUCGCAGUCGUACAAGAUCCAGAAGUCCUAGGAGUCCUGAAAGGGGCGAUCGAACCAAUGGGGAGGAACGUAUGGCUGAAGAUAGAAGGUCUAGGUCUAUAUCACAAUCGAGAGGCGAAACCAAGCGCCGUGACUCUCGUUCAUCUUCUCGUCCCAGAGAGGAAACAAGAGAAAGAACUGAAAGAUCUCCAAGAGACAGGUCCCCAUCUCCGAACGGUCACCCGGCAUCCCGCUCUCAUUCAGUAUCUCCUGCACCACAUCGUUCUCAAUCGAGAAGCCCUCAACGAGAUUAA